CUGCGUAGGUGUGGGCGCGUCAUGGAAACUCUGAGCAGCAAACGGUGGAGCGAAGAGAGAUGAUAUGGUAUAAAGGGAAGGACCCAGAAUGACGAGAAUGUUUUACUCGUAUAGUCAUCUGCAUUCUUUGCACAUUCGUCUCCGCACAUCAACCCAUUUCACCGCCCUGACCAGGUAGUUUUGAUCAAGACUCAACAUGCAUCUAUCUUUGCGAGAGAAUGCUACGAAGGCCAAAAACCAUGCAACAGCGGUGCUUGGUGAGACCUUAGGCACUGCUAUGUUCCUAUUCAUCGCAGAGGGCGCUGCAAAGACAGCCAAUCUCGCUAGAACUGCAUCGCAAACCAACACAAGUGCUCCUCUGGACUCUCAAACAAUCAUGAUGAUCUCAACCUCGUUUGGCCUGGCUUUACUGGUCACAGCUUGGAUGUUCUAUCGCAUCACCGGUGGCCUGUUCAAUCCAGCUAUUACUGUAGCACUUUGGUUGACCGGUGUUCUCACCACCGUCCGCGCAAUCGCGCUGUUCGGUGCUCAGCUGCUUGGCGGCAUCAUCGGGGCUGCUUUGGUGCUUGCAUUGACACCUGCAGGAUCGGGUGGUGUGGACGUUGUCAACACGACGGUCUCCGCUCAGAUCUCGUACCAACAGGCAUUCUUCCUGGAGUUUUUAGGCACCAGUUUCUUGGUGUUUAGUGUGUUGAUGUUGGCAGUGGAAAAGCACCGCGCAACUUACCUGGCACCUGUCGGCAUCGGAUUGACUCUGUUUACUCUGCAUAUCUUCUUAGCGGCCUGGACAGGAUGUUCGCUCAACCCAGCACGAUCGCUCGGUCCUGCAGCCGUGGCUGGAAGCUUCCCCCAAUACCACUGGAUCUACUGGGUCGCCCCUCUGUGCGGAGGUGUACUCAGUGUCAUGUACUUCCAACUACUCAAAGCACUCGACUACAACUCGACCGUUCUUGACCAGGAUGCCGACCACGAAGUCGGCGGCUUGCGACCAGUUCACAUGCGUGUCUACAAGUUCUUGGCUGGACACAAAGACUGGGAAAAGGAUGAAUCACACAGGCACAGGCACAAGAAGUUCCUCACCGUCCUGCGUCACAAGAAGGUUGUCAACCAUGAUGGAACGUCGUCCUAUGUCCAAGAGCCGACUAGGAUUAAUGCCAAUGAACGUCACCAGCACGACAACGUUGUCGCCGACGACGACGACGACAUGACCAUCGUCGAGUCACGUUCAAGUAGCCACCAGAUGCGUCAGCAAGCCAACACACAGAUGGUAUAAUAUGGGUAGAUGCGCAGUCGAGAUGAUAAAAUGGUUUCUAGCGACUCCGUUUUCUUCUAGCUUAUGACAAGUUGUCUUCAUGGGAACGACAGGACAAUCUCAAAUACCAGAGAGACAUAUUGAGUAAAAUUAACAAUCUCUUCACAUACGGCCACAGUCAGC